UAUAUGUUCUUUUUUUCAACACUUAAUUGUUAGAUUAGUUAUACACAUAAGUUCAUAGAGUACGGACCGUGCAACAAAAAAUAAAAAUGGAUCAAUUAUUAUCAAUGACAACGAUGAGUAGCUUCGAUAUUAUUAUGCUGGGAAGUUCAGGUGUCGGUAAAUCAUCAAUAACUACCCGAUCUCUCGAUGCAAACGCGUCAUUUCCACCGGUAACUGUAGGUGUCGAAUACACAGUCAAAACAAUUACUUUACCCCAAUCAUAUAUCAAGUUAUGUAUCUGCGAUUGCUCUGGCCAAGAUCGUUUUAUGCAUCUGUUACGUUCGUAUUACCUGAAUUGUCAAGGAGCUAUCAUUGUGUAUGAUAUACAGAAUCGGGAAAGCUUCGAAAAGGCUAAGGACUGGGUUAUAGAGCUCAGAGAGCAGGUCUCGCCUGAUAUGGUGAUUGCUUUUACUGGAAAUAAAGCGGACUUGGAAGCAAAUCGAACGGUAUCAGAAAAAGAAGCUGAUGAAUAUGCAAAGGAUUUCAAUCUGAUAUAUAUAUAGAAACAUCGUCUUUGAAGGCGAUGAAUGUGAAAAAUCUUUUUAAAGCACUCGGUGGGUUCGCUUCUUAAUCAUACUGUACAUAAUAUUUCAUAAUACUAAGUAUAAAAAUUACAAUUAUUUACAGCCAUGGCACUAAAUAACCAGAAAAAUAAACGAGAUCAAGAAGAAAAGAUAACAAUACACGAAAAGGAUAAAGAACUCCCCGUAGAAGAGGCUAACGAAGAGAUAAAAUCUUCCAUGUGCUGUUGUUGUCGUUGUCGACGUAAAAAGCUUUAAGGCGAAUAGUUCUCCAAUUAACAAGUGUGCCAUUAAAAAUCAAUUAAUCAAAUAUUCAUGCUUACUGUAAACAAAUAGUCAAAAAUAUUUACCAAGAACAUAAUGUUCUUAUUAACUCAUUCUAGUUUUUAUUUUGAAAUAAUAGCGCGAAAUAAAUAUUACAUACUUAAUGUA